CUUUUCCACUUCCUACGAAUUGUUGAGAGAAUCUAGCGAAAAUUGAUCGUUUAGCUUGCCGGAAUCGUCAAUGUCACCAUGGGAUCAAAAACUCCUCAAAACGGUGAUCACGGAGGUCAUGGCGAAGCAAACGGUCCCAUUGAGAUCAAUCGCGCUGGUGGCGAGCCCCGUGGUGCGCACACAUCGCGAGACGGAGAUGGCUGUCUCGGGGACGCUGGGGGCGACGAUGAUGGUGACGGCGACGACGACGACGACGACAAGGAAGCGAGCCUGGCCACGCUAGAAACGCCACUGUCGACUGAAGGUGCCCCAACCGAUGCACCCAAGAAACGAAAGAAGUCCAAGCCCAGGAAAAGGAAGAAGAACAACAAGGACGGCGCGGCAUCCUCGCCUCCUUCGAAACAAUCUUCGCCUCCACGAAUCCCACUCAGCGACCUCUUCCCCAACGGCGACUACUUCGAGGGCGAAGUCCAGCUGUACACCAAGGGACCCAGGGCGGCGGCGGCGGGUGAAGCACGCUACGACGCUCUUCGACACUCGCACGACGGUGUGUUUCUUCAGAAUUACCGCAAGGCCGCCGAGGUGCAUCGCCAAACCCGGCAAUGGGUCCAACGGACCGUCAAGCCCGGCGACAAAUUGAUGGACAUCGCGAACGGGCUCGAAGACAGCGUGAGAGCGCUCCUGGGCCACGACGGUCUGGAACCCGGCGACAGUCUCAAGGCCGGCAUGGGGUUCCCCACCGGGAUCUGCCUCAACAACCAGGUUGCCCAUUACACGCCCAACCCGGGCCAGAAGGACGUCGUGCUCCAGAAGAAGGAUCUCAUGACGGUCGACUUCGGCGUCCACAUAAAUGGUUGGAUCGUCGACAGUGCAUUCACCAUGUCGUUCGAUCCGGUUUAUGACAAUCUCUUGGCCGCAGUCAAAGACGCCACAAACACGGGUGUCAAGGCCGCCGGAAUCGACGUUCGCAUAUGUGAUGUCAGUGCCGCGAUCCAAGAAGCGAUGGAGAGCUACGAGGUCGAGCUCGGAGGUAAAACGUACCCGGUCAAGCCGAUCCGCAACCUCUCCGCGCACAACAUCACGUCUUACCACAUCCAUGGAGGAAAGUCGAUUCCGUUCGUCAAAAAUUCCGACACCACAAAGAUGGAAGAGGGUGAAGUCUUUGCCAUCGAGACCUUUGGUACCACGGGUCGUGGAUACAUAUAUGACGACGCCGGAAUAUACGGUUACGGACUCAAAGAAGAUGCACCACUGAAAGUGUCUCUGCCCCUGGCCUCGGCCAGACGUCUCCACAAGACCAUCCGUGAGAAUUUCGGGACCAUAGUCUUUUGUCGUCGGUAUAUUGAAAGACUAGGUGUCGAUCGAUACCUGGCCGGUAUGAAUAGUCUCAUAUCACAUGGGAUCGUCGAAGCAUAUGAACCUCUUUGUGACAUUCCGGGUUCAUACUCGGCUCAGUUUGAACAUACUCUCAUCUUGCACGAAACGCACAAGGAGAUUCUCAGUCGUGGAGACGACUACUGACGGAGACCUCGACACAUGCGUGACCUGCGUCUUGGGUGCCCUGCAAGAUAUGCUUUGGCUCUCUUCCUGAUUGCUGAAAUAUCUACGGAGGACCACCCUAGACAUCUCAAGAUGGCGAGGAAAUUUUUGCGUUCAGAAUUGGUUUUUUGCCAGCAUGGUUUAUUGAGUUUGUGCUUUUUGUUCUGUUUCAUUUGUUCCCUCGGUGCUGGUUUUUUUGGUCCCGUCCACGUGGGAUUGGGUUUUUUCCCAGCACUGGUAACGCGAAUGCGGAGGGGAUCAUUGUACUUUUGGUUGGGUUCAAAGUUAUAAUGUGUUAGAUGGUAGCAUCUGAAGUGUAUCAUCGUAUACGAAUCCAUCAAAAAGGUCACGGCUUUGAUUGUCGUCUGGCCUACAUCA